AUGAACGGCAACACGACAGGACUUGGUUUGACAAGAACCAUCUCCCGACGAGAAUCCAUCCUUUCACGUAUUCGAAGUCGCCCAGUUCCCCAGUUCACCCAUCCGUUGUCUCAUAUCAAAACGACUGAAGACGAGCUUGUUGACUUUGAUGGCCCUGACGAUCCAUAUCGGCCGUUAAACUGGCCAACCAAGAAAAAGGUUACAACCACCUUACUCUAUGGUCUUGUCACCAUGUCAGCCACCUGGGCAUCAUCUUCAUACUCUGCAGGCACAGCCCAAGUCGCAGAGCAUUUUCACGUCUCUAAGCAAGUCUCGACGCUGGGUACUACCAUAUUCCUCCUCGGCUUCGGAAUCGGACCUCUCCUAUGGGCACCUCUCAGUGAGGUUUACGGGCGGAGGUUGGCUGUGCUUAUUCCCAUGUUCAUCGCCAUCAGUUUCAGUUUUGGAAGCGCAACUGCAAAAGAUUUCCAGACUCUAAUGUUGACACGCUUCUUUGGGGCUUUCUUUGCGUCGGCGCCAGUAACAAAUACUGGCGGCGUUCUUGGAGAUCUAUUUUCACCAUCUGAGAGAGGAAUAGCAAUGGCUGGUUACGCCAUGGCCGUAGUUGGCGGGCCAGUCCUCGGCCCUAUCGUCUCUGCUGCUGUUGUGCAAGAGCCAUCACUUGGAUGGCGCUGGGCCGAGUACCUCACAGGCAUUGUCCAGGUAAUCUUCCUCACGUUGGCAGUCAUCUUCGUUGAUGAGAGUUACCCGCCCCGGCUUCUUGUAUACAAGGCCCGUCGUUUACGCCACGAGACUGGAAACUGGGCAUUGCACGCCAAGUUUGAAGAAUGGGAUGUGAGCAUCUCACAGCUCGCCCAGAAGUUCCUUGUCCGACCUGUCCAACUGCUUUCCACGCCAAUCUGCUUCUUGGUUGCGCUGUACGCCAGUUUCUGCUAUGGCAUUUUGUACAUGCAACUUGGCGCCAUUCCUAUUAUCUUUGGAGAAAUCAAAGGCUGGGGUAUUCUCGUGUCCGAGUUGCCUUUCCUCUGUAUCUUUAUAGGAGCUGUUCUUGGUUGUGGCGCCAACGUUUACAACCAGCUGCUAUACAACAAAGCUUAUCACGCAGCCGGAAACCGAGCUGUUCCCGAGAAGCGACUUCCCCCAAUGAUGAUGGGGUCUUUCAUCUUCUGCGGUGGCCAAUUCCUGACAGGAUGGACUGCACAAAAAGACAUUCACUGGGUCGUUCCUUGCAUAGGCCUGGUCCUCCUCGGCACAGGAUUCUUUACCAUUUUCCAAGCAGCACUCAACUAUUUAGUUGACACCUUCCAAACCUACGCGGCAUCUGCUGUCGCCGCAAACACUUUUCUCCGUUCUUGUUUCGCAGCUGCGUUUCCUCUCGUCGUCACGCCCAUGUAUCACAACAUCGGGGUUGGGCCCAGUUCGAGUAUCACGGGUGGGUUUGCUGCGUUGCUGAUACCCGUUCCGUUUGUGUUUUAUAGAUAUGGAAAGAGGAUUAGAGCGAGAUCGAAGUGGUCAAAGGGAUCUGUCUAUGAUUAA